AUGAGCAUACCUAAAUUUACUUUAUCCAAAUAAGUACGUUUCUGUACAUUGAUUUCAUUGAAUUGCAAUCCCUUGUGUUUGUUACUCAACCAAAACACCAAAUUCUCAGAUAUUAUGAAAUUGAUUAAAAUUAGCUGGAGAAGAAAUUUGAAAUUUCUAAGACUAUUCAAGCCUGAUGGAACCGAAGUUGAAGAAAAGGACUUGAUUAACAUCAAAAGAGGCACAACACUAUACGCUGAACUGAGUAACGAAGACCUUAAGCCAAAUAUUAUCCAACAAUAAUAUGAUAUCAUCAAGAAGAUAGGGGAGGGAGGUUAAGGAAUUGUAUUACUUGGAAAACAUAAAAUCACUAAAGAAUCUGUUGCUUUGAAAAUAAUUAGUUUGAAAACUUGGUUGGGAUAAGAAAUAGAUGGAAUUUCAUAAGAAUAAUCAAUUUUAAAUGCAUUGGAUCAUAAAAAUAUUGUUAAAUUGCAUUAAAGCUAUGUAACACAAAAUCAGAGAGAAAUUACAAUGGUUUUAGAAUACCUGAAUGGUGGAUCACUCCUAAACUAAGCCAAUUCCAAAUUAAGUGAAGCAGAUGCUAAGCUAUAUUCGAAACAAAUAGUCGAUGCAAUUGCCUAUUGUCACCAGAACAGCAUUGUUCACUGUGACUUGAAAUUGGAAAAUAUUAUGUUAACUUCUCCGAAUUCCAAAGAAAUAAAAAUUAUUGAUUUUGGAGUUUCGAGUUAUGCUGGACAAUUAAAAUUACCUGAUAGUGUUGUAGGUACAUUAUCUUAUCUGGCUCCAGAAGUUCUAUCCCCUUCAUAUAAAUGCAUCCAACCAUCCUAAGAUGUUUUGGCUGUUGGAUGCAUUAUCUAUGGAUUGGUUUUUGGAAGACUGCCUUUUGAUGGAGCCAAUCCUUCUGAAACCUAUAGAAAUAUCAUUUAAUGUAAUUAUAGCAUACCGAAGAAAAGUGUCUCCAAAGAUUUAAUACAUCUCUUAAGUUAGAUAUUUGUUAAUCCUCCAAAAGAGAGGGCAAACAUCUUUGACAUUCAAAAUCAUUCUUGGUUUAAAGAAUAACCCAUAUUAUUCAAAUUAUCCUUUCGUAAUGGUAGAUCUUCAAGCGUGACUAAAUUAAAUUCCUACAGAUAACAAUAAGAUGAGGAUUAAAUUAUACUAGUUAGUCAAAGAAAGAAUAUGUAUCAUCGAAGAUCUGUUACCAGACAAGAUAAGGUAUUGUUUUUCAAUAAAAUCAAAUGA